AUGGGGAGCAUCUACAAGGAAUACUUCAACACAGACAAGAUCCGGGAGCACUACAACUACACCAAGGAAAGCUCGGAUAGCUCCCCCACCACUUCCCAUUGGGUGGUCUCCAUCCUCAUCGUCGUGUUGUGCUGCUGUAUCGUGCUAGAGAACCUGCUGGUGCUCAUCUCCGUUUACCGCAACAAGAAGUUUCAUUCGGCCAUGUACAUCUUCAUCGGGAACUUGGCUUUCUCCGACCUCUUGGCUGGGGUGGCCUUCAUGGCCAACAUUUUGCUCUCCGGAGCCACCACCUUCAACUUGACGCCGGUGCAGUGGUUCGUACGGGAAGGCACGGCCUUUGCCACGUUGGCCGCCUCCGUCUUCAGCUUGUUGGCCAUCGCCAUCGAGCGCCACGUGGCCAUCACCAAGGUCAAGGUCUACAGCAGUGACAAGAACUGUCGGAUGGUGCUGCUCAUCGGGGCUUGUUGGGUGAUCGCCGCCGCCAUCGGCAGCCUCCCCAUCAUGGGUUGGAACUGCAUGAGCGACCUGCGGGAUUGCUCCACCGUCCUCCCCCUCUACUCCAAACGUUACAUUUUAUUCGUCAUCACCAUCUUCACCCUCAUCCUCCUCCCCCCCGAGAUCGCCACCGCCCAGCCCCGGGCCCUGCUCAAGACGGUCACCAUCGUCCUGGGAGCCUUCAUCGUCUGUUGGCUUCCAGCCUUCAUCAUCCUCCUCAUGGACGCCUCCUGCCCCGUUCGGGCGUGCCGGAUCCUCUAUAAGGCGAACUAUUUUUUUGCCUUUGCCAUGCUCAACUCAGCCGCCAACCCCAUCAUCUACACCCUGCGGAGCAAGGACAUGCGCCGGGAGUUCCUGCGGGUGCUGUGCU